UAGAUAUAUAAUUACAUAAUUAUUACACAACUUAGCAUUUUGCAUUUCCUCCUUCACACACACAAAUGCUACUUUGCUUCGAGGGUUUCGAGCUUCUGUAAAUUUCUCCAUUUCUCCGAUCUCUCAAUCGGAAUUCAAAUUCCUAGAAUUUGUUUUCCGUCAAUACAAUCUCAUCUCCGAUUUCAUAAAUCUAGAAGGAUCUAGAACGAAAUACUCAAUUUGGAAAAUCGUUUUGCAUUUUCUUCGAAAAUAAUAAUCAGAAAUUGAUUACUUUAAGCGACGUUCUGGUGAUGUGAAAGCCCGUAUUUUUGGUUUGUUUGAUGAUAAGGAAAGUUCUGGAAGAUUUGAGGAUUUGGAUUUGGAUUGAUUUCGUUGCAUAGAGAGUUGAAGAGGGUAAAAAGAAUGGAUGUGGAUUUAAUUGGUGAUUUAGCGAGGCUUGAUGCUGAACUGUUGCAGCUUCCUGAUGUUUCGUCGUUUGCUAUCAAGGAUAACCCUUUUGUUGCCCAGAAGCUGUUUGAUCAAUGGCUAUCGCUCCCGGACACGGCACCUUUGGUGAAAAAUUUGCUUAAUAAUGCUAAAGCUGGUGGACCCUUGAGCGCGACUGGAGCUUCUUCCAGCACAAAUGUAGCGACAAGCAGUUCUUUGCCGUCUAUGUUUCCGGCUGGAAGUACCCCUCCGCUUUCCCCAAGAAGUUCAUCUGGUUCGCCGCGGACAACGAGACCCAGGGCAGGCCCCUCUAUGUUAGGAUCCCCUUUGAAAUUAGUGAACGAGCCUGUUAAGGAGCUAAUACCACAGCAGUUCUAUUUUCAAAAUGGCCGUCCACCUACAAAUGAAUUGAAGGAACGCUGCUUGUUUAGAAUAAACCAGUUUUUCUACGGUCACACGGAUGGACUACAAAUGGAUGAAUUCAAACCAAUUACUAAGGAAAUAUGCAAGUUGCCAUCGUUCUUCUCCACUGUUCUUUUUAGGAAGAUUGAUGUUGGUCAAACAGGCAUCAUAACAAGGGAUGUCUUUGUUGAUUACUGGGUCAAUGGAAACAUGUUGACAAAAGAUAUAGCAACCCAAAUUUACACAAUCUUGAAGCAGCCAGAUCUCAAACACCUGAUACAGGAUGAUUUCAAGCCUGUUCUUCGAGAUCUUUUGGCAACACAUCCUGGUUUAGAGUUCUUACGGAACACUCCCGAAUUUCAAGAGCGAUAUGCUGAAACUGUAAUAUACAGAAUAUUUUUCUACGUGAAUAGAUUGGGUGAUGGUCAUCUUACCCUCAGGGAGCUGAAGCGUUCUGACCUAAUUGCUGCAAUGCAACAUGCAGAUGAAGAAGAAGAUAUUAACAAGGUCCUUAGAUACUUUUCUUACGAACACUUUUACGUGAUAUAUUGCAAGUUUUGGGAGCUCGAUACUGAUCAUGAUUUUCUGAUUGAUAAAGAGAACCUCAUUCGAUAUGGCAAUCAUGCCCUUACGUACAGGAUCGUUGAUAGAAUAUUUUCUCAGGUUCCGAGGAAGUUUACAAGUAAAGUUGAAGGAAAGAUGGGUUAUGAAGACUUCGUUUACUUUAUAUUAUCAGAGGAGGAUAAAACGUCAGAGCCUGGUCUUGAGUACUGGUUCAAAUGCAUAGAUUUGGAUGGAAAUAGUAUUCUGACUAGGAAUGAGAUGCAAUUCUUUUAUGAGGAGCAGUUGCAUAGAAUGGAAUGCAUGGGCCAAGAGCCAGUGCUUUUUGAGGAUAUUUUGUGCCAGAUGGUUGACAUGAUUAAUCCAGAGGAUCAAAGUUAUUUUGCAUUACGCGACUUGAAGGGAAAUAAACUAUCCAGCAGUGUUUUUAAUGUUCUCUUUAACCUUAAUAAGUUCAUGGCAUUUGAAACCCGCGACCCGUUCCUUAUACGUCAAGAACGCGAGAAUCCGAAUUUGACCGAGUGGGAUCGCUUUGCACACAGGGAAUAUAUUAGACUCUCAAUGGAGGAAGAUGCAGAGGAUGCCUCCAAUGGAAGUGCAGAUGUCUGGGAUGAAUCACUUGAGGCGCCUUUUUAAGUUUCAGUUGGCAAGGUGGAAAGUUUCCAGCGAAGUGCAUGCAGCGAACUUCAUCUGAAGCUGAAUUUUGAGCUGCAAAAGUGAAUUUUGCUCAGAAAUGAAUGUUGGAUAAGCUGCUCUUAGAGAUCUCUGUGUUCCACCAAGAUGUUAUUUUGAGAUAGCCACAGAGGAAAUUUUGUUUGGUCUACACGGAGCACUCUCUCGAAGUAUCUGUCCAUGCUAGCUUGAAAACUGCCAACAUGAAUUAUCAAGGGCUUGGCACAUGACCAAUUGACGAUAAAUGUACCUUCUGGUAAUUCAGAACUUCCACAUUUGUUCUCUUUUGCUGUAACAAAUCACUGUUAUUAAUUAUUUCUUGUUGUUCCAAUUUUCAGCGGUUUCAGAUACGUUUCUUUGUCUAGAUGAGGUUUAGUGUAGUGAGUGCCAAUGUGCCAUGUUAUCUGCUUUUUGUGUUCUGUGAAUCUUUGAUAGUUUUGUUCUGGACUGCAGGAUAUUCUUCUCUAUUUCUUUGUCCUCCCACUUGGAUGUUGAAGCCAUAAUUUUGCUGUCAAUUGGCACUCUGUUGAUUUAUUAGUCACAACUGAUAAACUUGUUCUAGUAUCA